AUGGGAUCACCAGGACGUUCGGCUUUUUCUCAUAGCGGAGCGAGGAUGGAAUGGGCUCCUGCACCAUGUGAUAUGGAUGAUGCAAAAGUGAAAAAGUUGGCUGCAAAAUAUAAGAAAACUCCUGCACAGGUAGAUAUAAAUGAACGAAUUUUGCAUGGUAUGCAAAAUCAGACGAAAUUGCAGAAACUCAAAGAAAUGAAAGCAAACAAAUAG